CCUUGCUUGGUCAACUAUGAUAGUGUAUAAUGGUCUGAUAUCUCUUGUGAUAUUUAUUUGACAUACUUUCUUCCAAUUUGAAAUAUAUAGAUUUUUCCUCAGACAUUACCUUUAGCCUUCUCUUGUUGAAUAUAUGUCUGAAGGCUAGCUUGGGAAAAUGUGAUGUGCACUUGCAGCUAUUUGUAGGCCUGCUAUAAAUAGUGUCCUGAUGGCACCACAAGCACGCCUAUGAUUGACAAUUGCAUUCAGAGUUUUGCUGCUGGGAAUCAGGCUCCAAAGGACACUGAAAAGCCUAUAAAUGCAACUCUUACAUCGGUAAGACACUGCAACUUGAAACUGGGGCUUUGAUCCAUGCCAAGCUGAGCAUUUUUUACUCAAGGACCAGUCUUCGGUAGUAGACACUUUUCCUUUAUAUUUGUGGGAAUAUCUGUUGAGUGGACAAUGACUUCCAGAAGACCACUGACCCGUUCUUACUCUGGCAAUGGGAGGACCGGCGGCAGCUACAAUGAGGAGGAGGUCAGCUCUUCGAAUGGCCGCUUGGAGAGCUGCAACUACCUCUCCAAUGUCAGGCCCGGAAACAGGAGUACAUUGUUCGGUGUGAUGGCUCAGCUGACUGAGGACACCCAGCCUGUAUUUGAGACCACCUUAAAAUCCAAGGCCGUGUCAGAGAACUGUAAUGUGAAGCUGACAUGUGUGGUUACAGGAAACCCAGCCCCAGAACUGACGUGGUACAGAGACGACAUGGAGUUGGACCGAUACUGCGGUCUUCCAAAAUAUGAAAUUGGCCGCAAUGGAAAAACACACACACUCCAAAUUUACAACUGCACAGUGGAUGAUGCAGCCAUCUAUCAGGCUUCAGCCAGGAACAGCAAAGGCAUUGUCUCCUGCUCUGGGGUUCUGGAGGUGGGCACCAUGAGUGAGUUCAAGAUCCACCAGAGGUUUUUUGGCAAGCUGAAAGAGAAGGCAGAGAACAAGAAGAGGGAGUUGGAAGAGAGCAGGAGAAGGGGAAAUGAGAAUGUCCAGAAGGAUCCUCAGGAACAGAAGCCUCUCCAGAACAGCCCGAUCGCCCCUCAGAGGAAGCGCCGGACCCCAAGUGCCCUCUCUUCACCACCGAAUGGGGAGGAGAACACAGUCAGCCAGGGGGCAGUGGCUGUAGAACCUAAUGGGGCCAGUGCUGAAGUCAGUGAACCGGCCCCAGUGACGACUACAGAGAAUGGGAGCAAGACUCCCAACAAUGACUUUGACAAUGUGGAGAUUGUCACCACCAAGCCCCCAACCACAGAAAUAUUUGCCAAAAAAAAGAUGAAGAUCUCAAAUGGUAUAGAUUCUGGGGUUGUCAGCAGUAACAGUAGUCAUACAGGACCGGGCACCAGUGAAAAUGCAUAUGAUGGAGGAAUAAGUUUGGCUCAAUUUCUGUCAGAGACCCUUCAUUCACAGACUGCUGAAGAAAAUAAGAUCCCUGCACAAGUGGAGGAAACUGUGGCAAUGGAGGCAAUGGAUACUACUACUACAGAUCCUAAAACAAAUGCAGAAAAACAGAAAGAAAGAGAGGAGAAGGGGAGAGAGAGGGCAGAAAGAGGAAGGGCGGAGAGAGAGAGGAUGCUUGGAGAAGAACAGGAAAGAGAGAAAAUGUCAAUUGAGAGAGCAAGAGAGGCAGAGCAGUUGCAAAGGACAACAGGACAUAACAACACUGCCUCAGAGGUCAGAAUGGAGGCUAAGACGCAUGUCCAUAAGGAGGGAGAUCCUCAAGAUUACCACCACAUUCAGGAAACACUUUCCAAUGUGCUCCACUCAGUCAAAUACUUUUUCUUUGGUAAGAGUAAGAAGGAUCAUGCUUCUUCUGAUCAUCAUGUGAAAGGUCAGGAGAAGGACAGAGGUCAUCCAGUUGCCCCAACACAGCCGUACCCUAGCCCUCCCCCUCCACAGGAGCCAGAUGGUCACCCAGAGGUGUAUAAAACCCCCACAGAGGAGACAGUGCCCAUGGUGGUAGUAGCACCAAAAACUAACGUACCACACAAGCAGCUAGCGUCAUUUGAGAGGUUGAACCCAGCUGAACACAAGCAUGGAUUUACUGUUUCACACUCAGAAGAACCCCCGCCAGCUCCCAGAAGAGCACCAGAGAGUGUGCCUGAUUCACUGGAGCAUGUUGAGCAGAAGGAGGUAUGUCCGGAGGUGAUGAUCAGCAGCAGUACAGAGACAGUGCCCACAUCUGGCCCUCCAGCCCUCAGUGAGGCAACUGUGGACCAGAUCCAGGCAGACCCUGUCCCCCAUGUGAUUGUCUCAGCCCCACAUGAGCCAAACAUCCAAGUGUUUUCUUCCGGGACUGAUCAGGUGACAAGACAUGAUGCCAAAACUGAAGAUUUACACAAACAGGGUCCAUCUGACACUCCAUGGAGCCCAGACCCCAGCAGUGGAGCAAGUUCCCAUAUGUCAAACCGCACUAGUGUGGGUGAAAGCGGGAGUGCUCCUAACAAUAAUGUCUCACCCACAGUCAACCUCGGCCUGAUGACAGUAACCACAGAAAGUGAGAAAGAGAAGGUAAUACAUGUGGAUGAGAAGGGCAUUGGAAGUGUCUAUGAGACACAAAAUAAAUGUUAUUGUGCUUUUGAGGAGAAAGGAGAGAAAGGUGAUGUCAAAGCAGAGAAUCAACCAUGUCCCACUUUAAAUGUGAGUGUUUUAGAGGAGAGGAGAGAGAAGAUACAUAACAAGGAGAUCCAUUUCAAAAGUUUGCUCCCAGAGAGUUCAGAGAAUGAUGGUCAAAAUACACCAGAGGAAUGCCCUCCUGUGGCAGGGGGGGACCAAUAUCUCAACAUAAAAGAGAAUUCUACCUUAGCUUUGGAGGAAAGCCUUGAAAGUGCCUUAAAAGUGGAAUAUACUCCUGCUUUGGAGAAAACUUUUGUGGACAGUUCAUUUGGCAACCUGAAGAUACAAGAACAGGUGGUACCUAUUGUGCAGAAAAUGUCUGAGCAAAAGGAUGUGAACUUAGAGAGAAACGAAGUGCUGACCCGCACAAUUGAGAGACAUGUUGAAACAGAAGAAAAGGUGACUGAAAUAAAGGUGGAAGUGCUGGGUGAAUCUAAGAUCCACUCAGAGACCCAGCCUGUGAAAGGCUCUGCCAUUGUGUCCCCUGUGCCACCAGUGUCAGCAUCAGUUACCAGUCCAGAGGCUAAUUCCACUCAUCUGGGUGGAUACUUUGGAAAUGUACCACAGAUUAGAAUGGUAGAUUCUGCUCUUAGAAUCCCAGAAAUCAAAAUAAUUGUGCCAGAACAACAGAUAAAAGAAGAGCAAAUGAUUAUACCAAAUAUAGAGAUUAUGGAAGCAGAAGUCAAAGAGCCUACACAGCCAUUGAUACCUAUUACACCCAAUGAACCUUCAUCAGAGACAGACAUUUUCCAAAAGGAUGUUGCAAAUGAUGUGUCAGGCAUAAUGAUAGCAGAAAACAGCUCAGCUUUUACCCCAGUGGUUAUAGAUGUGACACCCACUCAAGAAAGUAUGUGGAAUGAUGAAAUCAUCCGACCAACAGAGAAAUUGCAGGAAGUUCCACAACCAGUUGAAGAGGCAAAAACACCUACGGCAGAGCAGUCAACUAACAUAAAGAAUGAGUGGCUCACAAAGACGUUAAUUCCUGCAAUAAAUGUUUCCUAUACUGAUGACAGUAAACUCAGGAAAAUAGAUCAUGAAUAUCCACAUGUCAAGCCCCCCGUCUUAGAUAGAGGAAAGCCAAAGGAAGCACCCAGUGUGCCUCUGCGUGUGGUCCCUCCUAUUUCUGAAAGCAAGGAGCUUCCUAAAAAUGAGAAUAAAGAAUCAGAAUCAUUGGCAGAUAUGCUCAGGGGGGUCAAGAGUGAUUUUGAAAAUGUUACUUCCUAUAAGUCUGACAAAACCCAUAGUGAGCCACAGAAACAGACUAUAGAAACAAAGGAACAGAGUAUGAUAGACAACAUCCUCUCUGUGUCAUAUAAAGCCUUAAUGCCAACAGAAGUAACAACAAUGCAAAAAGCUGUGGACAUCAGUUUUACUGAAACUGAAAAAGUAAAACCACUCAAAGAGUCAAGGAUAGAGUCUUACAUCAUUGGCGAUGAACCAAGAGAAAGAAACCCUAUUGAAAGGCUUGCUGUCAAACCCCCAACACCCCCCAGGAGUCCCAGCAGUCUCCGCAGGCUCACGUCAAGGACUCCCCCUGCCAUUACUGUGGAUGACCCUCUUAACAGUGAGAAGGCAGUAUCGGAGCAGAGUGUUGGAGACACCCCAACGUCCUCCCUGUCCUGUGAGAGCAGCCCCAGGCUGAAAAGAAGGGACAGUCUGACCCUCAUCCGCUCUGCCACGCCCGAAGAGCUGGCCUCUGGAGCUCGCCGCAAGAUCUUCAUCCCCAGGGAGGGAGAAGGGGUUGGGGUAGUGGUGGCACUGGGUGUGGGUGGUAGUCCGCUGGACACCCAGGUCAAAAAGGAGGCUCCAUAUAUGUCACCCAGUCAGGCUCGCAGGGCAGCAUUCCUGCAGGCCCCAGCAGGCUCACAGACCCCACCGCUGGAGAGACGGUCCCCUCUUUUGAGCCGUAGGAAGGCCACCCUGGAGGUGCCCAAAGUUGUGGAAGAGAUCAGCACUGAGGAGCCAGAGAGCCCCAAGACUGAGGUCAAACCUCCUGAGAAGGAGAAGCAGAACCCCUUCAAAGCUCCUCAGGUUAUCCGUAAGAUCAGGGGAGAGCCUUUCCCAGAUGCCUCAGGACACUUGAAGCUCUGGUGCCAGUUCUUCAACGUGCUCAGUGACUCCACCAUCAAGUGGUACAGGGACGAGGAAGAGAUAGUAGAGGUGAAAAGAAGUGGAGGAGAUGAAAGCCAAGUGGCGCUGGCCAUCGUCCAGACAUCCAGUCGAGAUUGUGGAGUGUAUGGCUGCUCAAUCAAGAACGAAUUUGGGACAGAUUCCACUGACUUCCUUCUCAGCGUAGACCUACUUUCAGAGUACUUCCUGCGGGAGGAUUUAGAAGUUGGAGAAGAGAUGGAAAUGACUCCAAUGCUAUUCACCAAAGGCCUAGCAGACCCGGGCUACUGGGGGGAGAAGUUCUUUGGGCGCAUCAUGACACAGGAGGCCCACCUGGGAGAGGGCUGUGCACAUAAGGCCUGCAGGGUGAAGGUUAUCUAUGGCCUAGACCCUGUGUUUGAGUCCGGAACCACCUGUAUCAUUAAAUUACAAAGCCCCAUCGCCUAUGGGACCAAACAGGAGAGCAACCUUGCAGAGAAAAACAUGGAAAUUACUAAGCAAGAGUGCAAAAUCCAAAACACAGUUCGAGAGUAUUGCAAAAUCUUUGCAGCUGAGGCGAGGGUGAUUGAAAACUUUGGCUUUUCACUGGAAGUGAUCCCUCUCUAUCUGGUGUACCGCCCUGCCAACUCUGUCCCUUACGCCACUGUGGAGGCUGACCUGAAGGGCAUCUUCCUUAAGUACUGUAUGAUGGAUGCCAAAGGCAGGCUGAUCACCAGAGCCACCUCAGAGGUGGAAAUGAAAUGCUGCUCCUUCCAGCAUUGGAUCCACCAAUGGACAAACGGCAACUUACUGGUUACUGGGCUGGAGGGUGUUGGACCGAAGAUCACUAAAGUUAGAAUUGUCACGAAAUCAAAGGGGUAUCAAGGCCUUACAGAUGAUGGUUAUCCUAAGGUGUUUGAGCAGUUCCUGACCCAGCAUCAGUGUAACUACUACUGUGGGCUCCUCAGCCUGAGAACUCUGAAGCCCAUGGACACCCUGCAGCAGCCCCCCAAGAUCAAAGGCUCCCGGAGCCCCUUGCUCGGCAGGAAGUUAGGCUCGUCCAGCCCUCAGCACAAUAGGAAGUUGGGCUCAUCCAGCCCCCAGCUGCAAAGAAAAGGACUGAACAGCCCCUUGACAACCAGAAAGGCCACCUCCAGCCCAAAGGUGCCUAGAAAGACUAGGGAGACAGAAGACAACCAGUCCACAGCCAAACCCAAGGCGGAGGAGAGUAUCAAAGUUGUGGUAUGAGGUAGCAACGUCCAAAGGGAAUACAUAUCAAAGCAGCUUCCCUUUUCUUUCACGCCAACGUUCAGCUUUUUUAUGUUUUCCUGUCACCCAUUGCUGUAUUUAGUUGGGUUGAAGCAAGGACGACCAGCAUGGCCUUGAACAAAAUGUUACAGAGCUUGUGCCUGAAAAGUCUUCAUCCAAGAAGGAGAGACAAACAGGGAGAUGAGUUCAAAUCUAGGGAAUAGGUCACCCUAGGGGAUAUUUAUAUAACAUUACUGUGAAUUUCUCAAUAACCAUCAGUAGUAGUGAGAUACUCCCCAUUCUCCAGCUUUAUGCUGAAAUGGUUUAAGUGAGUGGAGGAGGUACAGGACCUUUAAGAAAACUUCCAGCACUAAGGAAAUGGGACACAGUUUUCUCUCACAUCCAGUACAGUCCUCUUCAAAAGAAGAGACUUGUGAAGUGGUUGAAACAAUGGUGCUGGAUACAAAGCCGUGGCCGUAAGCAGAGCUCUAAUAGCUUGAUGCAGAUGCAAGGGUAGUGAAGUGCACCAACUGCAUUGUACAUCUGGGAUGUAUAAGUCUUGGUCAUUGAAAUUGUUUUUGUUGAACAGUAAUUGGAUCUUGUUACUGUUGGUCGUAUAGCAUGCUCUACUUGUUUCUAUUAUGGCAUUAUUAUGUCCUUAAACUACGCAUUACAGUCUUCCGAACACUGAGCAAAGACAACACUACUCUUGCCUCUUCACUGGGAAUAUGUUUUUGUGCACUUUUUUUGCCAAAUGUUUUCUUGCCUUUUGAAAACUGCCAGGUUUUAGUAGUUCAGUUCAUUUUUGUUGAACUUUGUUCAAAUCCUGUAAUCUGUUCAUUGGAAAUGAACAUGUUCACAUGCUUAAGUCUGUACACCGAUCCCCUUAACCUGGUUCUUUAAAGGAACAGUACAGUACACCGAUCCCCUUAACCUGGUUCUUUAAAGGAAUAGUACAGUAGACCGAUCCCCUUAACCUGGUUCUUUAAAGGAAUAGUACAGUAGACCGAUCCCCUUAACCUGGUUCUUUAAAGGAACAGUACAGUACACCGAUCCCCUUAACCUGGUUCUUCAAAGGAACAGUACAGUACACCGAUCCCCUUAACCUGGUUCUUUAAAGGAACAGUACAGUACACCGAUCCCCUUAACCUGGUUCUUUAAAGGAAUAGUACAGUAGACCGAUCCCCUUAACCUGGUUCUUUAAAGGAACAGUACAGUAGACCGAUCCCCUUAACCUGGUUCUUUAAAGGAAUAGUACAGUACACCGAUCCCCUUAACCUGGUUCUUUAAAGGAACAGUACAGUACACCGAUCCCCUUAACCUGGUUCUUCAAAGGAACAGUACAGUACACCGAUCCCCUUAACCUGGUUCUUUAAAGGAAUAGUACAGUAGACCGAUCCCCUUAACCUGGUUCUUUAAAGGAACAGUACAAUAGACCGAUCCCCUUAACCUGGUUCUUUAAAGGAAUAGUACAGUACACCGAUCCCCUUAACCUGGUUCUUUAAAGGAACAGUACAGUACACCGAUCCCCUUAACCUGGUUCUUCAAAGGAACAGUACAGUACACCGAUCCCCUUAACCUGGUUCUUUAAAGGAACAGUACAGUACACCGAUCCCCUUAACCUGGUUCUUCAAAGGAACAGUACAGUACACCGAUCCCCUUAACCUGGUUCUUCAAAGGAUUGACUCUUUAACUGACCUUGAGUGUUGAAGAGCAAUAAAGGGAUUACUGAAAUAAACACUUUAACUUUGGAAUGCACAUGUUUGGUGCCAUUUAAAUGGGUCAACUCACAAAGUGAAAGAAUAAGAGCUAUAAUAUCAGAACCAUGUAGAAACUGCUUUGGACCUGGCCCAUGAUCACAGUAAAGCAGUAGCUCACCUCCAGCUGACUUUUGUGACUGAAAAUGAUAUGCAUUCUCAACAUUCACACUUCUGGGGGAGGGGUGGGAUGGGGAUAUUGUCACUAGUUUGAAGCGUACAGUAUGUGAAUGUGUGUGUGAGUGUGUGAGUGAGAGCGUGCAAGAGGGAUUAAGAGUGUUUGAUAUGUUGGCAGAAUGCUAAUGAAAUGAAUGUCCCUGACACUGUAAUAUCUGGUAUGUUAUGUUGUGAUUUUGUACAUACAAUUCAUGUCAAACGUUCAUAUUCAUAUUUUCACAUACUGUUUAUUUAGAUACAAUGCAGAAUUUGACUUACUGAUUUACUCACUGCAAAUAAUCCACUCUUACAAUUUCCAAUCCUUAUUUAGCACAUUUCCGCAUUUCUUUGCAUUGAUUUCCAAUAUAUCUGUUCUCUGACUCUUUGAAUGAAAGAGUGAAUCUUUAGAACUAAAGAACUAUAUUUAUCAUAAAUAAAAUUGUAAAAACCCG